AAGAUGAAACGGAUUCGGCGACGUCUUUCUCAGACACUUCGAGGCAGCCACAAUGACGAGUCAUUGUCAGAGCUGGCUGAGCAGAUGACGAUCGAAGAGAAUGGUCUGAAGGACAGCGAGCCCAUUGUGAAGAACGGCCGUCCUCCAUCAGCCCACAGUGUCCACUCAUUUCUUCACCAGUACACAGGCUCUUUUAAAAAGCCGCCACUCAGACGGCCUCAGAGCGUCAUCGGAGGAGGACUGGGCCCUCUCACAGCCAUGCCUCGCAAUGGUAGUCGCCUCGAUAUCGUCCAUGAGAAUCUGAAGAUGGGGUCAGACGGAGAAAGUGACCAGGCGUCCGGUACUUCCUCUGAUGAGGUGCAGUCACCCACGGGCGUUUGUCUGAGGAACAGAGGGAACAGACGAAUCUCUGCGGAGGACCUGAAACGUCUGUCUCUACCAGCUGACAUCCGGAUACCUGACGGUUACCUGGAGAAGUUUCAGCUGAGCAGCCCGCCCUUUGACCAACCGCUGAGCCGACGCUCCCGCAGAGCAUCACUGUCAGAAAUUGGAUUUGGUAAGCUGGAGACCUACAUCAAACUGGACAAACUGGGGGAGGGCACAUAUGCUACUGUGUACAAAGGGAGGAGUAAGCUGACAGACAACCUCGUGGCGCUGAAAGAGAUCAGACUGGAGCACGAAGAAGGAGCACCAUGCACAGCUAUCCGAGAAGUGUCUCUACUGAAGGAUCUGAAGCACGCCAACAUCGUGACGCUGCACGACAUCGUCCACACAGACAAGUCGCUCACACUGGUUUUUGAAUACCUGGACAAAGACCUUAAGCAGUACAUGGAUGACUGUGGGAACAUCCUGAGCAUGCAGAAUGUGAAGAUUUUCCUCUUCCAGAUCCUGCGAGGUCUGGCCUACUGUCACAGGCGGAAAGUUCUCCACAGAGACCUGAAGCCCCAAAAUCUGCUCAUUAAUGACAGAGGAGAACUCAAACUGGCUGACUUUGGCCUGGCAAGGGCCAAGUCUGUGCCCACUAAAACGUACUCUAACGAGGUGGUAACACUUUGGUAUCGGCCUCCUGACGUGCUCCUCGGCUCCUCUGAGUACUCCACGCAGAUAGACAUGUGGGGUGUGGGCUGUAUAUUCUAUGAGAUGGCUGCAGGCAGGCCGCUGUUCCCAGGCUCCACAGUGGAGGAUGAGCUGCACCUCAUCUUCAGGCUGCUAGGCACUCCUACAGAAGACAGCUGGCCUGGAAUAUCCUCCAUUGAUGAGUUCAAGUCCUACAAGUUCCACAAGUAUAAGGCACAGUCCCUCAUUAAUCAUGCCCCCAGGUUGGACAAUGAUGGAAUAGACCUGCUGAUGUCAUUCCUAAAAUAUGAAUCAAAAAAGAGGAUCUCUGCUGAUGAAGCAAUGAGCCAGCCAUACUUCAGGAGCCUGGGGCCACGUGUGCACACGCUGCCAGAGAACAUAUCCAUAUUCACACUGAAGGAGGUGCAGCUGCAGAGAGAUCCCGGCUAUCGGAACUCAUCAUACCCCGAAUCAGGCAACGGAAAGAGCAGAAGACAAAGCAUGCUGUUUUAAAAUCUCUGGACUGAAUACAGUUCUUUGGGAACGAUGUUCUAGCUGUACGGUCUUGCUGCUGGAUCAGAAACCUGAGAUGAGAGUUGGCGUGGAACAUCAUGAUCAUCAUCACUCCCCCUGGAGACCUAUUUUGAGGGGAGGGGGGGACCAGUCCACAGUCUGACCCCUCCCAGGUUUGGCCUGAAACUGGCUCAAGAGAGACAUUUGUACACUGUACAUCUAUAUUUAUUGAUAAGUGAAUUUGCUGCUAAAUCCAACUACUGUCUAGAAUUCUAACUGACUCAGUCACUUUAAUGAGUACAUGCAAUGUGUAUAGAUUUUUAAUUUUUUUUUUUUUUUUUUUGAAGUGGUGGCAUUUUUAGUGGUUUUUUUUUGUCAUCGUUUCCAUUUUCAUACAUAAAACUCCACCUCAAAGCUCCUGGAUGUGCGUGGGUGUGUGAGGCACACAGACAGGGAGGUUUCUGUAGCAGCUCAAAGGGGUUUCGUGUUCUCAUCUCUGUUGCCAUGGUGCUGUACUCAGCUGCACAAAUCAUAUGUGACCAUUUACUCUGAAGGUUUUUGAGGCCAGCUUUGAUAUAACUAAUCAUUUUAUCCCAAAUGGAGGGUAAUGUGAGAUUUUUUUUUUUUUUGCAUAAAACUUGGCAGCGCUGUGCAGAAAAACCCCAAACUUGCUGGCAUAUCAUUCCAGGGAUGCUGUGGUCUCUGUCGUGACCAAUGAACAAAUACAGAUGAAAAGAAGCAACGCAGAAAUAUUGACUAGGACAUUACAGGAAUAAGUACUUCAGAAAUAUUAAAGUACGCUGAUCACCCUCCUGUUCUUUUUCGUUUUCAACUUUAAUGGUCUUCUCCACUGUUACAAAGAGGAGGUUCAGUGUGAGCUCCCAGUGUUGGAAUCUGCAGUGCUGCAUUUGUGCAUUGCAGAUGGUUUACCUGUCUGCCAUUCCCAUCUCCUUCGACUGUAAAAGUAGAAUAAAAUUUUUUUUUUUAACCCUCCUCUUCCUCAAUUGCCUCCAUCACUGUGUUGCAUGCCUGCACAGCCACUGAACUCCUAAUUCAGGAAGCAUUAGCUAUAGUCCUGCCCUUUAUUUAACAGUGUUACAAGAGAUGUUUUGUAUGAUAUUCUUUAUUUGUGGAUAACUGUUAUUGGUGUGGGAUUUCAUUGCAGAUGCCCUCCCAUAUUUGAGCUGUUUUUUUUUUUUUUUUGUUUUGUUUUGUU